UCGGCUCCGCGGGCGGCCCCGGGGGCCGGCUCGCUUUCUCGGCGCCUCCGUUCGAGGUCCGGAGUGGGAGCGGGCUUUUCUUCACAAAACCCCCGUCGUGUUCUUUGGGCUCUGCCUGCCUGGCUGUUGCCGCUGCGUGUCAUCGGUCCCCAGCCCAUGCGCGCAUUUCAAUCCCAGGAAAGAAGGGGGAAGCUUGAAAUAGUUUAGUUUUGUUUCGGGGUGUGCGUAAUCUUCUGGUGGCGUUGUGUUUCCUGAGGGAAACUCUUGGAGAAUAAUUGUUGCUUUCCGUGCUGUACUUGUGGUCUCGAGUUAAAGACAUGAUCGUUAGCCGAGAGAUUUAAAGGUUGAAUGUAACCGAAGGUGGGGCACAAAUUAAAAUUGGAACAUGCGUGACCCUUAAAUAGGUGGAACGAGACUAUGAAUGGUUUUGUGAAGCUGAAACAGUAGCUUGCAAUCUUUUUGCAAUUUGCCUAGAGUUUCCUUCUCAUCUAAAGAUCAAGUAUGGACCCUGAAACUGAGAUACAGAGGGAAGUAAACGCUUACUACUGCAAUAUUUGCAAAAUCCGGUGUGCUUCUGCAUUAAACUUGCGGACUCACUUCCUUGGAUUCAAACACAAGACGGUUGAAGAAGCACUGAAAGCUCAUGGCAUUGUUAAAACAGCAAGUGGCUCAGGGGAGCAAGUGAAAACACCUGUAAAACUUCCUGAUUAUGUGCAAACUGAGCCAGAGAAGUUUCAUGGACAGACCUUGGAAGAACAGCUUAAUACGUGUAAAGAUUCAGAACCUGCACUUGGGCUUAAUUAUAUAAUUGAAUACAGAUCAAAAGACAAUUUCCCUUUUCUCUAUGAAUGUCAGCUGUGCAACUGUAAAACAGGACUGAGUAACAUGUUUAUGCAUGUUUGUGGUUCCAAGCAUAGACUGGCAUACCUGAAACAACAUUAUCCUGAGAUAGCAGAAUCUGAUGAAGUUAAGGGUAAAGGCUCUGAACUGAACAGAAAAGUUAGGCAAGUUGCAUCAACAAUUGAGAAGAAAGAAGGAAGAAAACAAAUAAAGGUUGUUACAGAUGCUCCAAUGAUGAGGAAGAGAUGUCAAGAACAUCCUAAUGCAGAUGACAGCCCUUCAAAAGCUAAAGUUCAGCAUGUGGAUACGUCACUUAGUAAUGAAGAAAAAACAGAUUGUAAAAAUAAGGAUGGAAAAAUGUCAGGCCCUAUUCAAGAUGACAAGAAUGUUCAAGAGGAGCAGGAAAAAAGUCAGAAAGAACAGGCAAAACCAGAUGAGAAGGAUGAACCUAAAAAGGCUAUUGAAAGCAGCAUAGGCAACAAGACUGAAGAAGGCAGCAAAGGCAACAACUCAGAGAAGUGUGACACCAAUAAACAAUCGCAGGAAGAAAGCGAGGAAGUUGAGCAAGAAUUUACAGCAAAACCUGAAGAAUUCACUAGUCAAGAAGAACUGUUGAGUUAUUUGCAAAAUUUUGAGAUACUGAAUGAAGAUGAUGCUUCAUUUAUCCUAAAAGUUACACAGACUCUUACACGUGCACUGGUGGGAUAUCGUCAGCAGGCUGCAUCAAACAAAGACGUCUUAGAUACCGAAUAUAAUGGAGAAGCAGCAUUGGAAUAUUCCACAGAACAGUCUGACCUGACUUCAGCAGAUAUUAGUGACUCCGAUACUGACUAUUCAAGCAGCCGAUCAGCUAAGCAGUCCUUAUCAGUAAAUGAAGAAGAUGAAUGCCAAAACUUUUCAACUGGCUCUUCGGAAACGGCAUAUGAGAACAACAUCACUACUGAAUUUUUGAACAGCGUAAGAAAUAUGAAUGUUGAGGAAGUUACUGCUACUCUACACAAAAUAGCAGCAGCAAAUCCAGCUUUUAGAGGAAUUGAUAUUCCGAAUGUUAUAAGGAUCCUGACUGAAAGUGGAACUCUGAGAAGACCAAGCAACAGCAGCAUGCAGUGACAUCAUAGUUAAUAGAGUUAAUAUAGCAUUGUUUACUUUCUGUAAGUUUGUUGUUUUACUUAAUAUGAACUCAGUGUACCUGAUUUUGCUAUGUUCAAAUUUUGUACAGUGUUAUUUUAAUUAAAUUAAUAACUUGGUUUUGAGAUUCUUGUUAUUUAUUUCUCCAUAUAGCUGAAAUUUCUACAUUGUGGAAAGGUUGUAAAGCUCAUGUUCUUUCUUUCCAUGUUAAAACAUACUUUUAAAACAGGUAACUGUUGUUUUUCUCAAUAUCAUUAAAUACUGUACAUUGACAGUCUGAUCUUUUCUUAUUGCUGGUUCUUUUACAAAGAGUUACCAGCAGAAUGAACUACUGCAGUCAGCAGUACAAAUUAAUCCUACAACAAAUACCUGGAAGUUAUUCCCUGUGGCUGCUGGGCCUGACUCAAAAGCUUUUGUAAUGAAAAAUUCUCUCCCAUAUAAGGAUUAUGAAUAGGUCUCCACAUAUUUUUUUUUAAAUAAAGAUUAAAAAUAAUCAUAAAAAAUCAGUGCUGUCAGUCUAGUUCUGAGUUGAGAAGUACCUAGAUUAUAGCCCAUUUAGGGAGCCUAGAUAAUUGGAAGCUUUAGCAAAGUCAGCAGAGGUUGACUAUGCUUGCAAAUUCAGGGAUAUGUCCCAAGAGACCUAACCAGACUAUGGUUAAGAGGCACUGAUGUGGUAACAGAAGUAUCUUUUGUCUUCUCUUAUCGCACCAGUAUGAGAAUGAAAUGAAACCUGGCUUGUACUGUCCUUCAGUUCAGGCUUUUUUAACAUGAACUUUUUUCCAACAAAAGCAGUAGUGGUUUUGACUGAAUGUAAAGGUCUAUACAUUAAUGACGACUACAUUUGUGGGAUGAUGAAAAAUGUUUUGAAUGGUUACAAAUUAGUGUGUUUGGGGAAAAAAAAAUUUAAAAUUAAAUUGUGUAAUUAAAAUUUGCUUCCUGCUUGUGAUGUUGGGUAGCAUUCAGUGGUUCUAAUUAAAGUGCUUCAGCUUUGCAGCCAAAUGCUGGUAUGAUAUAGACAUGCUGGGGCCAGAUGGUAAAUUAACCCUGUAAUAUUAACUUACAUUUUUGGGGGAGAUCUGGAUGGAAUUGAGAAUCCUCAUCCUGAUGGUUUCACAUCUUCGUAUCACGGAAUUCAAGAUGCCAUAAAAAUAAGGUAACAAAGAAAGCAGCAACAAAAUUGGUUAGUUUUGUUCUAUGAACAGACACAGGAAUGAAAACAGUUCACCAAAAAGUAAAGAAAUUAAAACACAAAACGCUGCUUUAAGGAAAUUGUGAAGAAUUUCUAGAAUGCCCCUAAAUAUGUUCUUGUCAGAAGCAGAGGUGGAACCAGAGCUGUUAGAUCUCAUUUACUCUACAACAGGGACAAUGUUAAUGUUUGCUUAAUGAACUCGGUCAGUAAAAACAUCUUUUAGUUGAGAUGAAAUUCUGAAUUCUGUUCCUGUAAUGCAGAAAAUAAAAAUAGAAACAUCUUUUUUUGUUUGUUUGUUUUCAAAGGGCAGAACAUUCUAUUAAUUAAAAUAAUAAAAUCAGAAUGUUCAGCUGUUGUAAAUGGCCAUCUCUGGGACGGCUUCUUUUUGCUCUUACUGUGGAAUCACUCCUAGUGGAAAUAAAUUUAAAGUUAAGUUGAAA